AAAAAUCUACAAUUGCAAACAACCCCAUCCUUGGAACGCAUAAAUUUGUGGCAGCCAACCCAUAAGAAAUCCUACCGGUGAGUGGCCUCCUGCUUACUUUCUUUGGCAAAGAAACUCUGAGAGAGAAAGAGAGAGUUGACCAGAGCAACAAAAGCAAAGCAAAAAUGGCUUGUGCUUCUGCUUCUCUGAUCAAUUCCUUAGCAUCGUUCCUAGGCAGCACCCAAUCAGACCUCACUCCGUCUUCUGUUACUCCCAACCACCGUUUUGUCUCCUCUCUCAGGAAUAAACCCACCACCAAAAGUUCCAAACUUUUCUCGUCUGGCUCUGUGGUCUGCAAGGCAGUUUCCGUCAACCCACAGACACAGGUUGAGGGUCUUAACAUUGCGGAAGAUGUUACUCAGCUGAUUGGGAAAACUCCGAUGGUUUACCUUAAUGAUAUUGUAAAGGGAUCUGUUGCAAACAUUGCUGCCAAGCUUGAGAUUAUGGAGCCAUGUUGCAGUGUCAAGGACAGAAUAGGGUUCAGUAUGAUAGCUGAUGCUGAGCAAAAAGGAGUUAUCACACCUGGAAAGAGUAUUCUGGUGGAACCCACAAGUGGAAACACAGGCAUUGGUCUGGCAUUUAUAGCUGCUUCAAAAGGAUAUAAACUCAUAUUGACAAUGCCAGCUUCAAUGAGUUUAGAAAGAAGAGUUCUUCUAAAAGCAUUUGGGGCUGAGCUUGUUUUGACUGAUGCAGCAAAGGGCAUGAAAGGAGCAGUUCAGAAAGCUGAAGAAAUAUUGAAAAGCACACCUAAUGCAUAUAUGCUUCAACAAUUUGACAACCCUGCUAAUCCUAAGGUACACUAUGAGACAACUGGUCCAGAGAUAUGGGAAGAUACGAGAGGCAAGGUUGAUAUAUUUAUUGGAGGAAUUGGAACUGGAGGAACCAUUUCUGGGGUUGGUAGGUUUCUUAAACAGAAGAAUCCUAAAAUAAAGGUUAUAGGUAUAGAACCCACAGAAAGCAACAUUCUAUCGGGUGGAAAGCCAGGUCCUCACAAGAUUCAAGGGAUUGGAGCCGGUUUUAUACCUAGGAAUUUGGAUCAAGAAGUUGUUGAUGAAAUCAUAGAGAUAUCCAGUGAUGAAGCUGUUGAAACUGCAAAGCAAUUAGCACUUCAGGAAGGCUUGUUGGUUGGCAUUUCUUCUGGAGCAGCAGCUGCUGCUGCACUUAAAGUUGGAAAGAGGCCUGAAAAUGCAGGAAAGCUUAUUGCGGUAGUCUUUCCAAGCUUUGGUGAAAGAUAUCUCUCCUCUGUACUGUUUCAGUCAAUUCGGGAAGAAUGCGAGAAGAUGCAACCCGAGCCAUGAAAUUCCUUUUCUUCUGCUAUCAUAACGAAUGGCAUUGUUCUUCUUUUGAUUCUUCUCCAUGUACAUUUUCUCGCCGUUUGUUCCUUGCGUUUUCAUGGAAAAGGGUCUUGGUCUAUGAUUAUAACUUAUGACUGGUUCUGGUUUGGGUUUUCCACAUUAGCAUUAUAUACAAGAUCCUAAAAAACAAAACAAAAAAGAAAGACACGGAAAAAAGAUGGUGUGGCCUGGAGGGUUGAAUGUGCAAGCAUUCUUAUUUUCUUUAUCCUUGAAUAAGGAGCUGUCCAGAAAUUAAUUUUA